AUGGCGCAGAUAUUCGCGGAUCUAUUUUAUUCUUUUGGCAAUUGCUUAAAUUGCUUCCCGGGAUCUCCGACCCUCAAGAUUAAUAGCCGGAGCUUUAAGAUCCAGCGACUGCUGGGUGAGGGCGGCUUCUCAUAUGUCUACCUCGUCGAGGACACCUCCAGCCACGAGCUCUUCGCCCUCAAGAAGAUCCGAUGCCCCUUCGGCGCCGAGUCCGUCCAGCAGGCCAUGCGCGAGGUCGAUGCCUACCGGCUCUUCGACCACGUCCCCACCAUCAUCUCGGCCUUUGACCACAGCGUUGCGACCGACCGCGGCGGGGGCAGCGGCGACGAUGCCAGCAAGACCGUCUACGUCCUGCUGCCGUACUAUCGCCGCGGAAACCUGCAGGACAUGAUCAAUGCCAACCUCGUCAACCACGGACACUUCCCCGAGCGCCAUCUGAUGAUGCUGUUCCUGGGCGUGUGCAAGGCUCUGCGUGCGAUGCACGAGUAUCAGCCCGCCCCCGCGGAACGCAUGGAGAUGGGCCGGGAGGAAGACCAUGAUGAGAAUGCAGGCUCCUCGCGACCUGGUGGACGAAAGAUGGGCACGAGGGGGAAACGGACGGAAGAGCAAGAGCAAGGCGAACAGGAGCGGCCGCUCAUGGACUCGGGAAAUCGCAUCGAAGGCGAAUCAGGCGGCAAGAUCAAAUCAUAUGCUCAUCGUGAUAUCAAGCCAGGCAACAUCAUGAUUGACGACUCCGGCUCAACCCCCAUCCUCAUGGACCUCGGCUCCGUCGCUGCCUCCCCCGUCCCCGUCACUUCCCAAUCCCUCGCCCUCCAGAUCCAAGACACCGCCGCCGAGCACUCCACCAUGCCCUACCGCGCCCCGGAGCUCUUCGACGUCCGCACCGGCACCGUCAUCGACACAAAGACCGACAUCUGGUCGCUCGGAUGCACCCUCUACGCCUGCCUCGUCGGCAAGUCCCCCUUUGAGCUGCGAUCCGACGAGACUGGAGGCACGCUCAGCCUCUGCGUCCUCGGCGGCGACUGGCGCUUCCCCGACGAGAAUCCCGGCGGCGCACCCAAGCGCACAAACACCAUCCAGGCGGCCAAGGCCAAGGCGACUUCGGGGGACAGCUCUGCUGCCGGCGGCGCUGGUGGCUCUGGAGAUGUCUCCAUCAGCGAACCCAUUCGCAAUAUUGUCCGGGCGUGCCUCAAAGUCGAACCUGCGGAGCGACCCGACAUCAAUGAGCUCAUUACCAUGGUUGAGCAAGUCAUCGAGGAGCUACCCGAUGACCUGUCAUGA